GUGUCUGUUUUUAAGCUCUAUCUACGCUUGAAACAUACAUGACAUAGGGAAAGUUCAAGGCACAGAGACUCGUGUUCUGAUUUGGUUGUUUACCAUCAAUCAGACCGUUGCUUGGCAGACACUGGAUGGUUAUGAGCCUGAACAAGCUGAAAGGGGCAGGAAAAGAAGUGGAGGCAGCAUUCUUCCUAUUUAAAGCUGCAUCGCUUGAAAAAAGUUUCCGCAGACUGUGGUGGAGCUGGUGCUGAAAAGGGGGCUUUGCAGAGGCUGCCCUGGGGCUGGUGCUGAAAGAGGAACCCCCAGCUGACUUCAUGGUGCUACAAUAACCUUAGAAUCUACUUUUCACUCCCAGGAGGAGCCACAUGUCUAAUAUUUAGAUAUGAUGGCAAACUGGGUGGAAGCAAGACCUCUCCUCAUUCUCACUGUUUUAUUAGGGCAAUCUGUCUCAAUAACAGCCCAGGAAGAAGGCGACAAUGAUGCAUUUGAUGAAGAAAUAGCCUGCACACAGUAUGGCCAGAUGUACUUAAACAGGGAUGUAUGGAAACCUUCCCCCUGUGAGAUCUGUGUCUGUGACAAUGGAGCCAUUCUCUGUGACAAGAUAGAGUGCCUCGAAAUGCUCACCUGUGCCAACCCUGUGAGGCUCAGCGGGGAGUGCUGCCCCACAUGUCCAGGAACAGGUGGAGAUGGAAAUAACAAUUUUGGUAGAGGAAGAAAGGGACAAAAAGGAGAACCAGGAUUAGUGCCUGUUGUCACAGGCAUCCGUGGUCGACCAGGUCCAGCAGGCCCUCCAGGAUCUCAAGGACCAAGAGGAGAGAGAGGCCCCAAAGGAAGACCUGGUCCCCGUGGCCCUCAGGGAAUUGAUGGUGAGCCAGGUGUUCCAGGUCAACCCGGUGCUCCGGGGCCUCCUGGGCAUCCCUCCCACCCAGGACCAGAUGGCAUGAGUCGGCCAUUUUCAGCUCAGAUGGCUGGGUUGGAUGAAAAAUCUGGACUUGGGAGUCAAGUCGGACUCAUGCCUGGCUCUGUGGGUCCUGUUGGCCCAAGAGGACCUCAGGGUUUACAAGGGCAACAAGGAGGCACAGGACCAGCUGGUCCUCCUGGUGAGCCUGGUGAACCUGGACCAAUGGGUCCAAUUGGUGCGCGUGGACCGGAAGGCCCUCCUGGGAAACCUGGUGAAGAUGGUGAACCUGGAAGAAAUGGAAAUACUGGUGAAGUAGGAUUUGCAGGAUCGCCGGGAGCUCGAGGUUUUCCUGGGGCUCCUGGUCUUCCAGGCCUGAAAGGUCACCGGGGACAUAAAGGUCUUGAAGGCCCCAAAGGUGAAAUUGGAGCAACUGGUUCCAAGGGUGAGGCUGGUCCUACUGGUCCAAUGGGUGCUAUGGGUCCUCUGGGCCCGAGAGGAAUGCCAGGAGAGAGGGGGAGACUUGGGCCACAAGGUGCUCCUGGACAACGAGGUGCUCAUGGUAUGCCUGGAAAACCAGGACCAAUGGGUCCUCUUGGGAUACCUGGCUCUUCAGGCUUUCCAGGAAAUCCUGGGAUGAAGGGAGAAGCGGGUCCCACUGGGGCAAGAGGUCCUGAAGGUCCCCAGGGACAGAGAGGUGAAACAGGGCCUCCAGGACCAGCAGGCUCUCAAGGCCUUCCUGGUACAAUGGGAACUGAUGGUACCCCAGGUGCCAAAGGCCCCACGGGCUCCGCAGGGACCUCUGGUCCUCCUGGCUUGUCAGGGCCUCCCGGAUCCCCUGGCCCUCAGGGCAGCACUGGACCUCAGGGAAUUCGAGGGCAGCCGGGUGAUCCAGGAGUUCCAGGGUUCAAAGGAGAAGCUGGACCCAAAGGAGAACCAGGGCCACAUGGUAUUCAGGGCCCAAUAGGCCCACCAGGUGAAGAAGGCAAAAGAGGUCCUCGAGGUGAUCCAGGAACAGUUGGUCCUCCAGGCCCAAUGGGAGAAAGGGGUGCUCCUGGCAAUCGUGGUUUUCCAGGUUCUGAUGGCUUACCUGGACCAAAGGGUGCUCAAGGAGAACGGGGUCCUGUGGGUUCUUCAGGACCCAAAGGAGGACAGGGAGACCCAGGGCGUCCGGGUGAACCUGGACUUCCCGGUGCUCGGGGUCUGACAGGAAAUCCUGGUGUGCAAGGUCCUGAAGGAAAACUUGGACCAUUGGGUGCUUCAGGGGAAGAUGGCCGACCAGGGCCUCCAGGCUCCAUAGGAAUCAGAGGACAGCCUGGGAGUAUGGGUCUUCCUGGACCCAAAGGUAGCAGUGGUGACCCUGGAAAGCCUGGAGAAGCAGGAAAUGCUGGUGUUCCUGGGCAGAGGGGUGCUCCUGGCAAAGAUGGUGAAGUUGGCCCUUCCGGUCCUGUGGGUCCCCCGGGUCUUGCAGGAGAAAGAGGAGAGCAGGGCCCUCCAGGCCCCACUGGCUUUCAGGGUCUCCCUGGACCCCCAGGGCCUCCUGGUGAAGGGGGGAAGCCAGGCGACCAGGGUGUUCCUGGAGAUCCUGGAGCAGUUGGCCCAUUAGGACCUAGAGGUGAGCGAGGCAAUCCUGGAGAAAGAGGAGAACCUGGGAUAACUGGACUCCCCGGUGAGAAAGGAAUGGCCGGGGGACAUGGUCCCGAUGGGCCAAAAGGCAGCCCGGGUCCAUCCGGGACCGUUGGAGAUACAGGCCCACCCGGUCUUCAGGGUAUGCCAGGAGAAAGAGGAAUUGCAGGAACUCCUGGACCCAAGGGUGACAGAGGUGGCAUAGGAGAGAAAGGUGCUGAAGGAACAGCUGGAAAUGAUGGAGCAAGGGGUCUUCCUGGUCCCUUGGGCCCCCCAGGCCCUGCAGGUCCGACUGGAGAAAAGGGUGAAUCUGGUCCUCGAGGUUUAGUUGGCCCACCUGGAUCCCGUGGCAAUCCUGGUUCUCGUGGUGAAAAUGGCCCAACCGGGGCUGUUGGUUUUGCGGGACCCCAGGGGCCUGAUGGACAGCCUGGAGUGAAGGGAGAACCUGGAGAGCCAGGGCAGAAAGGAGAUGCCGGAUCUCCUGGACCACAAGGGCUUGCAGGGUCCCCUGGCCCUCAUGGUCCUCAUGGUGUUCCAGGGCUGAAAGGUGGUAGAGGAACCCAGGGUCCACCAGGUGCUACAGGAUUUCCUGGUUCUGCAGGCAGAGUUGGACCCCCAGGUCCUGCUGGAGCUCCAGGACCUGCAGGGCCUAUAGGAGAGCCAGGGAAGGAGGGACCUCCAGGGCUUCGUGGGGACCCUGGCUCUCAUGGACGAGUGGGAGAUAGAGGACCAGCAGGGCCGCCUGGUGGCCCAGGAGACAAGGGAGACCCAGGAGAAGAUGGGCAGUCUGGUCCAGAUGGUCCACCUGGUCCUGCUGGAACUACUGGGCAAAGAGGGAUUGUGGGCAUGCCUGGACAGCGUGGAGAACGGGGCAUGCCGGGCCUGCCGGGCCCCGCGGGCACACCAGGAAAAGUAGGACCAACUGGUGCAACAGGAGAUAAAGGUCCACCAGGGCCUGUGGGACCCCCUGGCUCAAAUGGUCCUGUCGGAGAACCCGGACCAGAAGGUCCAGCUGGUAAUGAUGGGACCCCAGGACGGGAUGGAGCUGUUGGAGAACGUGGUGAUCGUGGAGACCCUGGACCUGCAGGUCUGCCUGGUUCUCAGGGAGCCCCAGGAACUCCUGGCCCAGUUGGUUCACCUGGAGAUGCAGGACAGAGAGGAGAACCGGGUUCUCGAGGUCCUAUAGGACCACCUGGUCGAGCUGGGAAACGUGGUCUACCUGGACCACAAGGACCUCGAGGGGACAAAGGAGAUCAUGGAGAUCGGGGUGACCGAGGUCAGAAGGGCCACAGAGGCUUCACUGGUCUUCAGGGUCUUCCAGGACCCCCUGGUCCCAAUGGUGAACAAGGCAGUGCUGGGAUCCCUGGCCCUUUUGGUCCUAGAGGUCCUCCAGGUCCAGUUGGUCCCUCAGGCAAAGAAGGAAACCCUGGGCCACUUGGACCAAUUGGACCACCUGGUGUUCGGGGCAGUGUAGGAGAAGCAGGGCCAGAGGGUCCUCCUGGUGAGCCUGGUCCACCUGGACCUCCGGGCCCCCCUGGACACCUUACAGCUGCUCUUGGAGAUAUAAUGGGCCACUAUGAUGAGAACAUGCCAGAUCCACUUCCAGAGUUUACUGAAGACCAGGCAGCUCCUGAUGACACCAACAAAACCGAUCCAGGAGUCCAUGCGACCCUGAAAUCACUCAGUAGUCAGAUUGAAACCAUGCGCAGCCCUGAUGGCUCCAAGAAACAUCCAGCUCGGACUUGUGAUGACUUAAAGCUUUGCCAUUCCACGAAGCAGAGUGGUGAAUACUGGAUUGAUCCUAACCAGGGUUCUGCUGAAGAUGCAAUCAAAGUUUACUGCAACAUGGACACAGGAGAAACCUGUAUCUCAGCAAACCCAUCCAGUAUCCCACGUAAAACCUGGUGGGCCAGCAAAUCUCCUGACAAUAAACCUGUUUGGUAUGGUCUUGAUAUGAACAGAGGAUCUCAGUUUACUUAUGGAGAUUAUCAGUCACCUAACACAGCUGUUACUCAGAUGACCUUCUUGCGCCUUUUAUCAAAAGAAGCCUCCCAGAACAUUACUUACAUCUGCAAAAACAGCAUAGGAUACAUGGAUGAUCAAACCAAGAGCCUCAAGAAAGCUGUAGUCCUUAAAGGGUCAAAUGACUUGGAAAUCAAAGGAGAAGGGAACAUUAGAUUUAGAUAUACAGUUCUUCAUGAUACUUGCUCUAAGCGAAAUGGAAAUGUGGGCAAGACUGUCUUUGAAUACAGAACCCAGAAUGUGGCACGAUUACCCAUUAUAGAUCUUGCCCCCGUGGAUAUUGGCAGUACAGACCAGGAAUUUGGUGUUGAAAUUGGGCCAGUUUGUUUCAUGUAACACAAGCCCAGAAACACCAACAAUGAGCACCACAAUCAAUGACAACCAUCACCCUUCACAAAAACUGACCGUUUGAAGUUGAUCCUGAGACUCUUGAAGUAAUGGCUGAUCCCUCAUCAGCAUUGUACAUAUAGUCUGAAGUGCCUGGCCUCCUUUUCCUUCAGAAUAUUUAUUUUACUUACAAUCCUCAAGUUUUAAUUGACUUAAAGUAUUUUUGAAUACAGCAGUUUAGGUUUAAGCUGAUCAAUGACAAUGACCACCUUAAAAGAAAAGUAAACUGAUUAAAUAAAUGUCUCUUUUCUUCAAUUUAUUUCAAUGUAAUGAAAGAGUUGCUUAGUAUUUAAUGAGGAAAUUCUUCUUCCUGGCGGGUAGCUUAAUGAGUGGGGUAUACAAAAACCAUGACACAUGUUUUUUUUUGCUUGGCUGUCAUUUGAAGAAAUAGCAAGUAAUGCUCUUUUGUGUCAGAUUAUCAAUGAAAAAUGAAUCAAAAUAAUUGAAUCUUGUGAUAGAAACCCACAUACAUGUCUUUAUUACUGUAUUCCUAUUACAGAAAUUCUUAAAAAAUAUUUCAGCUUCUCAUGAUCUUAAAUCAGUACAAAAUUUAACUCAUUUAUUUCUUCAAAUUCUGAAACUUCGUUAAGGGCUGAUAAAUUGAAUAGUGCCUUUGUCCCUUUUGAUACAGUCUAUCAAAACAGAUGGAAGUAACACACACACACACACACACACACACACACACACACACACACACACGCCACUUAACACAUUUUUAUUUUCUUACUUAAGGGGAUAUUGAAUACAAAUUAAUUGACACAUACAAAGACCCAAGUUGAGACUCAUCCAUCUGUACAGAAUCGUUAUACUGAAGCCUGUAAUGAAGAAAAGAUCUAGAGAAACAUUGUGGAGUUGACUAUUCAAAUGUGAUUAUUGGAAUUAGUCUAUUUGGCCUUGGAACUUUUAUAGGAAAAAUAACCCAACAUUUCUUAGCAUGAGCUACCUCAUCUCUGGAAGCUGGGAUGGACUUUCUAUUCUUGUUUAUAUUUUAGAUACUGAAAGGUGCUAUGCUUCUGUAAUUAUUCCAAGACUGGAGAUAGGCAGGGCUAAAAAGUAUUUUUAUUUUACCUUUAAUGAUGGUGCUAAAAUUCUCUCUAUAAAAGUCUAUAAAAAUAAAGAUUGUUUCAUCAAUACCAUUUUGUGAAAACCGAGCUGUUAGACUCCCAUUUCUGAAGGAAAGUGCAUUGUUUCUGUGCCUUUCCCUUGUCCUCCUGUCAUAUUGUAUCUGCAAUGCCUUGUAAAACUGCAUGUUUCCUAAACAAGAACUUGUAGGGCCCCUUGUGUCUCAAGAGACUUUUUAUUCUUACUUGCAUUUGUGGGCUCCAUUGUUGUGUUUUUUUUUUCAAUUUAAAAAUAAACAGCUGGGGCCAUCUCCAAGGACAAGCCAUGCACACAAUUUUGGUCAUGUAUCUCAGCAAAGCAUAAAAUUAAAUUCACGCUUUUCUCAUGUCA